GGCUUAAGCAAAAAGCAAAAUUUUCCAAUCCUGUGGGAUUCUUCUCUGCUCCCAAGUCUGCUGGCUCACAGUGCAGCAAAAUGAUCAGGCAUUUAAUAACCCUGGCAAAGGUCUGCAAGUCCUGAGGGUGUUUGAUUUGGAAUGAAAGGUGUUGGGAGGAGAUUCCUGAACACCUCCAUCCAGAGUUAUGCAGGAAAAAAAAAAGAAGAAAUAAAAGCAAGCUUUAUGAGGUCAGAAUGUGUAGCCUGCCCAGAGCUGCUAUUCCUGGUAGAAAUUAGACCCUGAACUGCCCAGGUGAAAAUCAGGGAUAAUCCCUGUAUAAGUGCUUCUAAUUGGGACAAACUGAAAGUGAGAAAGUUGAGCAAGACAGCUCUGGCCCAUCCCUGGGGGCUCUGGGUUUGCUCCCAGGUGGUAACUGAGAGGACGAUUAUGCAAAGCCUCCUCUAUAAACAGAAUUUGGUUUAUUGGCCGAACUGGGGGAAUCUAUUUUUGUCACCACUUUGUGCAAAUGUGUUACCCUUGUGAUUUCCAGCCAGGUCACUCCAAGUCAGCUGCUUUGGCUGUGGCUGUCACUGGAAGCUCCUCUGUUCACCCCAGUCCCUGGCCCCAUUUCUCACCCGCCCGGGGCUGGCUCCCAGGCGAGGGGGACAAGGGGAUGAGCCUGUGGCUAUUCUGGUAGCUGUGAGCUAUGGAGGUGUCACGUGAAGCAAAGAGCCAGAAAUGCAUGUCAAAUCGAACCAGUGACUAAUCACGGUAUUUUGGUUGUCUUAGUGGCUGCCGGGGAAAGAUUUAUGGGCUCAGAAAAUCUUCCCGUAAUAAUCCCUGAGCGCUGAUUUGAUCUUCGGCUGAGGCUUCCCAAGACCAUGCGGAAAGAGGACGGAAAGGGGGCUGCUGUCCCAGGGGUGGUGACGUCUAAACUGAUUGGAGUUCAAAAUACAAACAAGGAGAAAAGUCAGCGCUCUCUUCUCAUCCGUGUCUGCUCAGAGCCACGCGCUGGCAGCCAGAGAGGAUCCCUUUGAUCUGCCUGUGGAGCGAGAAGGGCUGGGGGCGACGGCUGGGCAGACACGACGGGCCAUUUAUUGGGAUUGUCAUCUAGCUCCCUCAUCUGUCACCUGAUGGCCGGCCAAGGAAGUGCUCGGCACAGCUGUGGACUCCUCAUCCUUGCGCAACUUGUGGAGACAAGAAAAGUAAGCAUCCUACAGGUGAUACGACAUUCAGCUAAUUUUUCUGUAAAGGAAUGAAUUCACUUUAAAUCUACUAACUGUCCCCCUGUGCCAGGCAAGAGACUGACUUUUUUUGGGGUUGAGCUUUUCUCUAACAGCUGGAGGUCUGCUGGGCAUUCAAGCAAUGGCUGUUGAGUAAGGCAGCUGUUUCAAUAUCUAAUUGCAUUUUAGCUGUAAUAGCUCAAGGGAAAGCGUUGCAUUGUCUGCCAUGAGCUACUUCCUGUCCUACUGCAAAGCACACUGCACUGCUGUGCUUGCCCAAUACCAGAGCCUGAGGUCAGAGGGUUUUCUCUGUGAUAUUUUGCUGAAAGUGAAAGAAAACGAGUUUCCUGCACACAAGUCCUUGCUGGCAUGCUCCAGCGACUACUUCCGAGCCAUGUUCAAAAGUUAUACCCAAGAGUCUAAAGCCAGUGUCAUUCACCUGCAAGUUAUCUCACCCACUGGGCUCCAGCACAUCCUGGAUUUCAUUUACACAUCCUUGCUGCCCCUUUCCUUUGAAAGCCUGGAGGAUACCUUGGAAGCUGCAAGCUACUUGCAAGUGUCUGAUGCUAUUGGCUUGUGCAGUCAGUACUUAGUUAACAAUCUCGCCCUGGAAAACUGCUGCUUCUCUGCCAACGUGGCCAGGAAGUUCUACCUGCCAGAUGCCCUAGCAGCCACAGAAAAAUACAUUAUCAAAAAUAUCUGGAAGCUGCUGGACUUGGAUUUGUCAGGACUUCUCGAGCUGAACUUCAGGUCUUUGCUAGCAGUGAUUCAAUCACCAGAUCUCCCCAUGGUGGAAGAAUGCCGCCUGUUAAAUCUUGUCCUGCUGUGGUUGAAGCAGGAUAAAUCCAGGCUGGAUCAUGCAAGCAGCCUUCUAGAGCACAUAAGAUACGGUCUCAUCCCAGUGGAAGAGCUGAGAAAAACCUACACGCAGUCAGAAGUGUCCCUCUCAGCAGGUAUUAAGUGCUUGAUCAUAAAAGCAAUAAAUUAUCACACAUCUGUAUUCAAACAGCCUGUCCUGCAGGAUAAGUCCACCACACUGAGGAACCAGAAAACUCGGAUCAUUCUACUGGGGGGAGGCACAGCCAGUGAGGGGCUCGUCACCGAUGUGGUGGCCUUUGAUGUUUACAAUCACAAAUGGCGAACCCUCACGCAGCUGCAGGACAGGGUGCAGAACCACAGUGUGUGUGUGGUGGGGAACUUCCUCUAUGUCUUGGGUGGGGAAAUACAAAGUGGUACCCUGGAUGAUGCUAAAAUUGAAAAGACCUUAUCGGUUACAAACAAGGUCCAUCGGUAUGAUCCAAGAUUUAACACAUGGACCCAAAUCACGGGCAUGCUGGAAAAGAGAUGCCAGUUUUCCUGCUGUGUCCUAGGCAAGGAUAUCUUUGCCAUUGGUGGAAGGGGUGAGGCUGAGUCGCUGCAUUCAUCUGUGGAAGUCUAUGACAUCAGCAGAGACAGAUGGACGAAGGCCAGGGAAUUGCCAUGCAGAAUACAUGGCCAUGCCAGUGCUGUUUGCAAGAACACCAUAUACAUCUCUGGGGGCAAGUACUCGGCCCCAGCCAGCACAAGCAAUGACGUUUAUUCUCUGAGCUCACUUGAAGGGCAGUGGGUGAAACGCGCCCCGAUGAGCAUUGCUCGGUUUGGGCAUCAGAUGGCAACAAUCAGGGGAUCCAUAUUUACCUUUCUGGGAUUAUAUGAACCCUUCUCUGAAAUAGAAAGGUAUGACCCGGAUCAAAACCAGUGGACUCGGUUAAGACCACUGAUCUACGAUCGAUUCUCCUACGGCCUGGCAGUGGUAGAGGAAACAGCUCUUCUCAUUGGGGGAAAGAAAUGGCAAAACUCCCUGGAGGUCUCCACGCAAGACGUGGUUGGCUAUGACAUCGACAACGAUGGCUGGGAAGAGAUCUGCAAGGCCCCUCUGCCGUGGUGUGGGCUGCAAUGCGCCGUGCUCCAGCUCUCCGAGGUAGCCGAAGAGCAGGACAACGAUAGCCAGCAGAAGAAGCUGCCCAACUGCUGAGCUCCCUUGCUGAGGAAUAUCCAUCCCAGGAGAUGAGUGAGCAGGGCAGUCCUGGAGAAGAAAAUUGCAGUGGCACUGAAUGUGAGAGUGAAAGUUUUGCUUGGAUAAGCAAAAUACUUGGUGGAAACAGGCAAGAAAAUCUGGCCCCAGCACAGGAAACACAUCUAGGAUUUAUAAAGAUGGAAGCUGAUCUCACUGAGCAAGGAUGUAGCAAGUAGCACGUUCAGAGGCGAUGAGUGAGAACUGUAAUCCUUGACUCUUGGAUAAUACCUAGAUAGCAAUUAGUAGGUGUUGCAAGUCAGAUUUUUCAAAUAUUAAAAAAUAUGAUCCAUCUUUUCUGUUUUCUUAAUCAGAGGUAAUUUUCCCAGCUGGUAAGUGCUACUGAGUUUUUAUUCUAUGGCUAAGCAAAAGGAAAGAGAACUGUAUAAAGACUAGAAAAUUGAUGCCUACAAGAAUUAGUAGCGAGUAUUGCCAAGGAAAAGGUAUUAUUUGUUAUACUAUGUACUAGGCAAGAAGGGUAAAAUGCUUUGUUGCUGUUGAACUGCUACAUGAGAGAACCCUGCAGUCAAAAAAGGUUUACUUUCAUCGAAGAGUACAAAGGGGAGGGAGGUGACUGAAGGUUUUCAGAAGUCUUUACUCAGUGUCUGCCUACAUACAAAUCAGCAGUAGUGUCACUCCCCUUUGGACACACUGGCAGUGUUUGAAGUCACACAGGGGUACUUCAAAAUACAUGGAUAUGUGAAAUGCAGACAAAAUGGUCAGAUGCCACAGAAUCAAUCUGGUAUAAAGUGAAUCUUGAGCCAUAAAUGUUCAUUUAAAAGCUAAAUUUAUUGUAUUUAAUUUUACAGUGUUCCCUUUCUAGGCUGAGAGUUAAUACAAUAAAAAUAUAUAUAGAAGAACAUUUAAUAGUCUUAAAAGAAGGCAGCACAAUGGAAAGGACGCAUGUUCUUUGUCACCAGACUAGCUUAAAAAACUGUAAUGUUUAAUUUUCACCUUUAAAGCAAUCAAGCUAACUUUACUAAUGUAAAGUGCAGGCAGAAUGGCUGUUGCAUAGCAACAGAUCUAUGUCUUCUGAACUGCCUUGGUUUUGACAAGGAAUCAACUACACAAUGUGCAUAUACAUCCAUCAGAUAUAAAGAGUUUUUCAUAUGAAUAUAUUUACUUUUGGUCCAGUAAAACAAUAGCAAGAGAAUCUAAAUGCUUGGGACAAUAGCACAAUCCAUUUCAAGUCAAGCAUUUUUUAAGAGAAAUUUACAAAAACCUCACAAAUUUAAUAUACAAGUCAGUACCCAUGCAGUAAAUAAAUGUCCAGUUUAUACAAACAAUAUUCUUCUAAUAGUACAAAUCUUACACUGGAUCCAGAAUUCUAUACAAACGUUAAUACAUGAUUUGUCAUCCAUAUAACUUGAAUAUAAGAUUACUGAAAAUGGGCUACAGAAAGGCCACUCUUCUGUACAGUUGUGCAAAAUCUGCAGAACAUUUGCAAUUCAAACACAAUAACAAGAUAGAAAAUGAGGGGUAGAAAAAGGAAAAGAAAAAAGAGAAAGGAGAGAG